GCUGUAAUAAAGUAAUCUGGGAGACAGAAACAGAAAGUGUCUUGUUAGACUUUAAUGAAUGAAUGUGCGGAUUGCUGAGAGACUCUGCGCGGUUCAUUUGGGAGCCAUGAAGCUGUUUCACGUCUUACUGAAAGAUGUCACGCAUAAAAUCGAGUAUUAUUCACGUUUCUCGCCUUCGCCAAUGUCCAUCAAGCAGUUCUUGGAUUUCGGUCGAGAGAAUGCUUGUGAAAAGGUCUCCUAUAUGUUCCUGAGGAAAGAACUGCCUGUUCGUUUGGCUAAUACCAUGAGAGAAGUCGGUCUGUUGCCUAGCAAGAUGCUAAAUCAACCAUCGGUACAGUUGGUCCAGAGCUGGUACAGUCAGAGCUUUGAGGAACUCAUAGAUUAUGAGAACCGGAGUCCAGAGGAUCCUCGCACCCUUAAUGAUUUCUUAGACGUCCUUAUCCAGAUCCGGAACAGACACAAUGAUGUGGUUCCAACCAUGGCCCAGGGAGUGAUCGAGUACAAGGAGAAGUUUGGUUUUGACCCUUACAUCAGCAGCAAUGUGCAGUAUUUCCUGGAUCGUUUCUACACCAGUCGCAUCUCCUUCCGUAUGCUCAUCAACCAGCAUACGCUCCUCUUUAGUGACGGCAUCAACCCCGCCCAUCCCAAACACAUCGGUAGCAUUGACCCAUCCUGCAAUGUGGUAGAGGUGGUGCAAGAUGCAUAUGAGACUGCAAAGAUGCUUUGUGAACAGUAUUACAUGACAGCACCUGAUCUGGACAUCCAGGAAUUCAACUGCAAGAACCCUGAUAAGCCCAUCCAGGUGGUCUACGUGCCAUCCCAUUUGUUCCACAUGCUCUUCGAGCUCUUCAAGAACUCCAUGCGAGCUACAGUGGAGCUUCAUGAGAACAGUACAGAAGGACUUCCCCCUGUGAAAGUUUGUGUGGCUCUAGGAAAAGAAGAUCUCUCCAUAAAAAUUAGUGAUUAUGGAGGGGGUGUACCCUUAAGGAAGAUCGACCAGCUUUUCAACUAUAUGUACUCCACAGCGCCGACACCAACGCUGCAUUCUUCGCAAAAUGCCGCGCCGUUGGCUGGUUUUGGCUACGGAUUGCCGAUCUCCAGACUUUAUGCACGCUACUUCCAUGGAGACCUGUGCCUCUACUCUAUAGAGGGAUUAGGAACGCAUGCAGUCAUCUAUCUGAAGGCUCUGUCCAGCGAGUCUUUUGAGCGACUCCCCAUCUUCAACAAGUCAGCGUGGAGACAUUACCAGUUAGGGCCAGAGGCAGAUGACUGGAGCAACCCCAGCAGUGACCCCCGGGACGCAUCCACAUUCAAAACAAACAAAUAG